AUGAAGGACGUCUUGGCUUUAGCGAAGUUACUGAUGGCCUGCGCAGUGAUGGCGUCGCUUGGUGUCUUUCCCUCCGCCACUCACGUCCAGCUGUGGUACCCUGUGCAGGUGUCAGAAGUCACGCUGCAGGCCGAGUCAUCUCGUAUUUUGCCAGCUGCAACCACACUAAUCUGCACCAUGAGAGCCACCCACGACCCUCGCGUGAACCUCGUGUGUCCGUACGAAGUCUGUGCCCACCACAGCCUCACCAUCUGGGCACCACACGAAGACUCAGCUGAGGGGCCCACCGUCUCCUGCUUCACUAGAUUUUCAUGGGAAGCGAAUGAAGGGAACAGUGAUCAACAGGCAUGCCAAGGCUGUUCAAGUGAUGAAACCACCGUCACCUCGACCGGCAUUUCCACCACGACUCCCACGACCACCACGACGGUGGAGUGGAGCGAUAUCUACUAUGAAGAGUCGAGAUGGAACUGGAUGACUGCCCGGAGUAACUGUAGGAACAGAGGCGGAGACCUGCUAGUGACUGAUGACAUCCAUGGGCUAUGGCAGUACAUAGACCAGAAUUUUGGAGGGGAUGGCCAGGCAUGGAGAGUGCUGCCGCUGGUGCCCGAGGUUGCCGAAUAG